AAAAAAAAAAAAAAAAAAAAAAAAAAAAAUCGAGGCGGUUCGCAAGAAUGCUUUUACCUGAUACGGGACCCAAUUGCUUUUUGCAAAGUGCACUGAGGCGUAUUAUAUGACUAUGGAAUCACGAGAUUUACUCCGCACCAUCGCUCUAACGCUCACUCUCGGAUUACUACGGUAUUCGGCUUAGGAGCCCGACGCAUCUACUCCGAUAACCCUGAGCAUAACACCGGUGUCCGAUCGACUUGAGGCUAAGCUACAAGCUUAGGAUCGCGAUUCCUUGUGAAUAUCUAGAACAAGCCAUUAGAUUUCCGGCUAACGUACGGAGUAAAUAGCACCUAGAAAUACGCUAUAUGCACCACUAGUCCGAUAUCACCCCCACGCGGGAGUUGCCGAAUCCUUUAAGAUCGCAAUCCCACCGCAACGUUCUAUUGAAUCUCAUUCGAAGCCAAAGAUCGAAAAACAACAUGUCCCUCCAAAUCCGCUACGCAAACGAAUCCGACAGCCCGGAACUAGUGCGUAUCAACGCCCUCAGUUUCUCUCCCAGUGUGUUUUACCAAAAUGCGUUUGAGAACGUGGAGUUUUCAGCCCUGUGCACAUUGAAAUAUAUACGAUCGUUUGAGAAAUUUGUAGAUCCCAAAUACCAUGUCUUAGUUGGAACCGACUCGGAGACAGGCCAGACCCUCGCCUCCAUGCGAUUGAUCAUUCCUCUUCAUCUUCAGCAAAAAUCCCAUUCAUUCAUCAAGCUCUCGGAAGAUGCAGGUAGGAUGGUAGCUGAACCAGAGAAAUAUACGCCGGAGGGAAUAAACCAGCGCGUCUACGCCUCCUUUUUAAAUAUGCUGAAGGCUAUGAGGGAGAAAUAUCUGGAAAAGGAUGACAUUGUACUGGAUUACUUGGCCACAGACCCCGAGCAGCAGGGCAAAGGAGUUGGAACUCAACUAUUGAAAUGGGCCCUUCAAAAAGCCGACACUCUGAAUGCGCGGAUGUACCUUGAAGCAUCGGAAGUAGGGUAUCCACUGUACCAAAAGCAUGGGUGGAAAUUAGUGGAGGAAAUCGUUCUGGAUUUUGAGCCGUUGGGAGGAAGUAACAAGGGGAGGUAUUACAUUAUGAUCAGAGAUCCAGUGGCUCACCCAGAUCAGACUAGUUAAGCUUGUUGUGAUUGUUGGAGAGUGAUAGAUGAGAACCUGAUUGAGCGCAAAAAACGGUCGCUGGUUUUUGCGACAAAUUUAUUGGUCCUGAAAAAUAUUCCAGGCAGACCUGAAGAUACGAUGGUGUUCUUUUACCUCCUCAAUAUAAUCCAUGGUUUGCGGGAAGGGAGCCACGGAAAACACCUCUCAACUUGAAGGGAGUCUCCGCUUACGAGAUCAUCAGUCAUCAUUGUAUAAAUGGCUUGUCACUAUAGCUCCGAGGAGACCAACGCUUGUUCUCUAGGAGAGGUGAGCUCAAGGGGCUAGAACAAUCAUACAGCAAAAUAUCCACGGCGGGCCACGCGCUUUGUAGUGGCAUAUAGUUUAUCGGUAGACGAAGAGUUUGUUAGUAGUUCUGAUUUUGGUAUACUUCAUAAGGAGGUAUUACAGAGGUAUCAGACACCCAUGAU